AUGAAAGGAGACCUAGGUCCUACACAGUUUGGAUUCGGUACUCGAGGUGGAAACGAAGCGAUGGCUCAUCCGACACGAAAAUACAUUGACGAGCAUCCGGACUCGUUAUCAAAAAUAUUCAUCAAGUUGGAUUUCAAGAACGCCUUCGAUAUGCUAGACAGAAACGUCAUGCAACAUGAAGUGAAGGAUACUUUGCCAAGUCUUCAUCCUUUUAUCAGCCAAUGCUCCUUGAGCUUUGGUGAACAUUUCAUUGGAUCUCAAACAGAGGAAGGAGAAGCUUUCACCACGCUGGUGCGAACUUUUUUCAGCAGCAAGAUGUUGACUGUUCCACGAUGUUUGAUUCGUGGAACGGACAGCGAUCGUGUCAAUCUAUUUAGGGAGCUGCAACUGUCCUUCCCCAACACCAACUACAAUGAGAACCAGACCGUGCAGUCGCUGCUGGACUACUACUUUGAGCCGGAGGAAUUGACCGAAGAUAACCAAUGCUACUGCAAGUUAUGCAGUCCAUUGACCGUCAGAGAAGAAAUAACCAAGAUCAUGGAGGCGCCGCCACGAUUGAUUUCAACUCUGAAGCUCUUCCGGUACGAUCUUUCCUCGCACCAGAGUAUCAAGAUGCAACAUUUCGUAUGUCUUGACGAGCAUCUCAUUAUCGACAGCUGGAUUUACCAGCUUCACGCGGUUGUAAUCCACUGCGGCUCAAGUGUCGAUAGCGGUCACUAUUUUAUCAUCUCCAAAGACAAUAAUGACAAGGAAAUAGAGCUGAAGAAAGAGAGGAAUAGAUAUUCAGAUGUUGACACAGACGUGAAUGAAAAGUUAUCUGAAAAUUCAUUGGCAUAUUUCAAGUGGAGUCGAGCAAUUGAUUAA